AUGAUGUUUCACAACUUGACCAUAUUUGAAAUGUUGGUGAAAUCUGAUAAAGUGAUAAAGUUAGUGAAAGUGGUAUAAAGGUGGUAUAAAGUCUCAAACGUUAGAGAGGAAAACAUUUACUGGCAUAACUGUGAGUCGAAUCAUCACAACGUGAUCACACCGGUUUGGGCUCAAAAUCAUCGCAGUCUGUUAAUUGCACGACUGUCCUGUGUAGUGGCCUGGGUUCUGGCUUCAAUUCUUAAUCUGCCUUACAUGAUAUUAGGAGACACUUAUACAGUAUAUAACAGAACACUCUGCCUGCCUUAUCUACCUGAUGAAGACAGUUAUAAAAUGUAUGGAAAGUUCAGCAUCUUCAGAUUUGUGUUUGGCUUGUUGGUUCCUCUCAUAUGCAUCACAACAUGCUAUGGAUUCAUUGCACGCAAGUUAGGCAGGAGUCAUUUUCACUCUGGACGAGCUUUUCGCAUCAUGGUGGCUGUUAUUGUGGCCUUUUUUCUGUGCUGGUUGCCGUAUCACAUAAGAUGUGUUUUUGAAAGAGUUUUCUCUGAAGAGGGAACACAAAUGUCACAAACCACCCAGUCACUGCAAAUGCAGUCAGUGUAGUGAAGAUAUCAACUCAUUCAUUUAAAGGUUAGGUCAUUUUCCUAUGCCAAACCUAUGCCGUUUCAAACAAGAUUUGUUCCACUUGCUUUUAAUAUUUUGUUAGCCAAUGCAAUUAAUUUGACUAAUUUGAUUUUUUUUU